GUUUAUAAUCUGUGGUCGACUUUAAGUUUGAUUGUACUUGCAGAAAAUUGGGGAAAAUCACGAUUUUUUAAUAAAUUAUAUUAUUUUGUAUUAAAACAUCACAAUUAACUAGUCAUGAAACAUGUUUUUUGUUGUGAAAAAUGUUUUAUUAUUCAUUAUUUUUGCUGCAGCGGUUGUAACAUGCAGGAUUCACAAGUUGCCCCUUACGGAUGAUGAUCGCCAUUAUGUUGAUUUGACGACGUUCGGGUUCUUCCAAGGAGGCAUCCUUGACGUGCACAUGAUCAACUUCAUGCUUCCAACAGGGCCAGUUGAUGGAGAGUAUGGGUUUACGCUAGAUCGAACUGUGAAUGAUGCAAUCAACCCUUACUUGGAGGCACACACCGACACCUGCUUCCUCAAAGAGAGUGACAAUAGUUUGGUGUCUCCACAACACCCAGCUAUAGUAUUCUUGAAGAUGGACUUUAAAAACUUAAGAUUGAAUAUAACCUGUAAAGGGGAGGUGGCUGCAUUGCACUUGUACCACAACAGGUCCGCGAUCCCUAUCGACAGAAUUAAACGACAUUCUGAGUAUUUAUUCCUUAACAGGAGAAGGAGAUCUGCUGAUGCUCUGGAAAAGAUCGACGACCAGGUCGUCACGCAAUUGUGUUCAAACGCAGUAUUAAAUAUUACCAAAGAGACACGAGAUGGCUACGACUUUUAUAACACUAGCUUUGCAAUGUAUGUGGCUUCGGAUAAAGAAGAGGGACUGUACAAUCUGUAUUUCCACAACUGUCCGCACCCCGGCAAGUCAUCUCCCCCUGUUAAUGUCAUGAUAGAAAUAUACGAGAGCAACGACGGCAACUUUCUGUCGGCGGGCGAGAUGCCACUACCAGCCCUUUAUAGCAUGAUGUCCCUUGUAUUUUUCUUGAGCGCUGGAUUCUGGACCUUCAUCCUCAAGACCAGCAGACACCCGGUCUACCGCAUCCAUAUCAUCAUGUGUGUCCUAGUCUACCUCAAGGCUCUCUCUCUAGCAUUCCACGCUAUAAACUACCACUUCAUACAAACGAGAGGCGAGCAUGUAACGGCCUGGGCGAUACUGUACUAUAUUACUCACCUGUUGAAAGGCGCCGUGUUGUUCGUGACUAUCGUUUUAGUGGGGACUGGAUGGAACUUCAUCAAGCACAUCCUCGCCGACCGGGACAAGAAGCUCUUCAUGAUCGUCAUUCCAUUGCAGGUGGUAGCAAAUGUAGCAGAGAUCAUAAUAGCCGAGAGUGAGGAGGGGGCGGCGGAACACAACGCAUGGCGAGACCUCUUCAUAUCUGUGGACCUGCUGUGUUGCGGCGCCAUACUCUUUCCGGUUGUAUGGUCGAUCCGUCACCUCCAAGACGCGUCGACGACGGACGGUAAGGCAGCGAUCAACUUGCGCAAGUUGAAGCUGUUCCGCCACUUCUAUAUCAUGGUCGUCUGCUACAUCUACUUCACCCGGAUCAUCGUCUCCUUGCUCAAGAUUACAGUGCCGUUCCAAUACUCGUGGAUAGACGAGAUGUUCCGCGAGAUGGCGACGUUCGUAUUCUUCGUAAUGACGGGCUACAAGUUCCGGCCGGCCGCCGCCAACCCUUACUUCACGCCCACCCAGCUCGACGACGACGAGCCUGAAGUGUUAUCAGAAAUCGGAGUACUAGAAGGAGUCACGAAGGUGUCUCGAGGUGGUAGUGAGAAGAAGCGGGAAGACAUGCAGCCGCUGAUGCAAGAGACUAACUAUAACUCGGACUAGGCUACAUACAUAGGUAGGCUGAAUUUUAAAUUGUAAUAUAUUUAAUUAGGUCGUAUAGAUUAGUGUCCCUAGAACAUCGGGGAAGGCAGUGAGAUAAAUUCAGGGUUUAAAAAUGUAUAACAGAUUAUUGUAUGCGUAAACAAUUUAAUAGCUGUGCAAUUUCAAGUACCCUCUUUUUGGUCAUUUUGUCCUCCCAAGAGAUACGAAGAAUGUACCGAUGGCAGCGCAUUUGGAACGUGUUUAGUCGACGUUCCUGAUUUGCAUACGUUGUCCAGGUUUCAACUCCGCACAUAGAGUCGAGUCAUCCAGUAUUCUCAACCUGUAGACCUGAUAGAUGACCAUCUUAGUCUUAUCGUCAGUUGUUUGUUUUGCCGCUUUGCCGAUACGGAUAUUGAUCUCCGCUUCGAGCGAAAGAUUUUUUGACGCGGUCGAUCCCAAGUAGCAAAACUUUGUCGACUACUUGCAUGAUGCCAUCAAGAGUGAUGACUUGUGGUUUUUGACUAUGCUGCUCCAGCACAACGGUUUUUUAAACGUUGAUGGACAUGAAAAACAAAGAACAUGCUUGGGAGAAUUUGUUCAUGUUGUUACUCUGGAGGUCAUAAACCGACGACACGAAAGUGGCACGGGACCACCUGGCACUGGCUACGCUUGCAAAGCGUGUGUUAGACCUUGCCGCUCUCGCAUUAGCUUAUAGCCAUGAGAAAAGUGCCACCUAGACACUGUAUACAUCAUCUGGAAAAAAGGUAAUGAUGCCUGAAGAUGACAAAUCAAAUUGGGAAAGGUUUAGGGUAAUGCAUAGAAUUCUUUGCAUAUCGAAAUGGGGAGGCGAAGACUAAUUUGCCGGAACAAACAAAAAAAUAAAUUUGAAAAUGCCAAUUUGUAGUGUAUCCAAGUAAAUUAAUUUAUCAAAUAAAUUAUUAUCAGUGUUUACCCGGCUAAAUAGUAACAAUUUUCUAAUAUGGUACUAGACAUCCACAAAAUAAUAUAAUAAACUAACAGGAAACUUGUCUGGCUGGAUAGUUGCAUACCAACGAUUAGCCUCCCCAUUACAUUACGAGUAUGUUGUGAUUAGAGUAAAUAAUAUGAAAUCACUAGUUGUAAAUCAUUCUUCUGUACUUUUCUCCCUUAUGUAAGUAAUUCAAGGUGUAUAACUGUAACACCUACUCCUUUAUAAUAUUUCGUUAUUGGCGCCAGUUCUGGUAGACACAAACUUAAUUCGACAGUUCUAAAAAUAAUGCUAUCAUUAUCUUACGAUAAGUACAAGAAAGAGAUAGAACGAAUUUUACAACUGUUAAAUUAAGUUGGUGUCUGCCGUUAUCUGCAUCAAAGUGUAUCUGAACAGUCAAUAAAUGUGUUUAUUUAUAACAAGAAAAAUCUUUCAAAACUGCGUAAUGCACAUAUUUUAAGUGUUUUUUUCACUGAACCUCGCCUGUCGCCAUUCAUGUCAGGGCCACUGCCUGUACCUUAUUUUCUUAACAAAAUUAUGUUGUGCAUUCCUAUAAAUAUAAUUUAAAAUUUAAUUUUCAUUGCAUAGUUAUGAAUUUAAUAAACCCUGUCAUAUCUUCAGGUUAGGUAAGCGGAUCCCGUGAAAAUGGGAUAACGCUAAAGAGAUGAUGAUGAGGCAUGACUUUAUUAUAUAUUCACUUUGUGUAUAAAUAUGUAUAGUAUUAAGCAUUUAAUAGAUUCAGAAAUUAUAGUCUGACAAUGUUUUAUUGUUAGAUCGUAUUUAAUAAGGACUAACGCCAAAGUAUUGGAAGUAUGGAAGCACUUUUUAUAGUACGAGAAUGAGUAAAUUGAAAAUUGUAAUCAGCUUCGCGAGUUAUGAAAUUCAACAUCGAUUUCAUAUUAAUAUUAAUUAUUAUCAAUGAUUAAGAUUUUUAUAGAAAAUUAAGGUUUUCUUAAGUAGAUUGAGAAUGAUGUUUAACAUGUUGAUGUACUUACAGCCAUGAGACUUCAUACUUACCUUUGAUAUAUUUUUAAGUUCGUAGUAAGCUUUCUUUUCUCAUAGUGUUGGCGUUUCUCGUGGAGGGAUCCAGUUGCACACCCCAGCAGGAGCCGUCAGACUGCAUUAGUUUUCAAAUUUAUCAUACGUACGCGAUAUCUCUGUUAUUUGUAACUAAUUCAUUGUGUAUAAAUUGUUAUUAGAUGUUUUGCUAAAGUUAAUGGAGGUGCUCUCUGUACUUUCUUGGCUGUCCACUGAUAAUUGAAGGCAAUAUGUAUUAUUAAUUUAUGUCGAUAAUUAUAACGAUGCAAUAAGCUCGCGUUUGUGUUUCACUUUUAUGUAAAAAGUUGUACAAAAUAAAUCAAAGUUAUUAUUA